AUGAGCCUCAUUCCCUCAGAGCAAAACCCUGGGUCUUCUCUUCCUUUCACGCCGAGCACUACACCAGUACACUACACCAGAGCACUACACCAGAGCACUACACCAGUACACUACACCAGUACACUACACCAGAGCACUACACCAGAGCACUACACCAGAGCACUACACCAGUACACUACACCAGAGCACUACACCAGAGCACUACACCAGAGCACUACACCAGUACACUACACCAGAGCACUACACCAGUACACUACACCAGAGCACUACACCAGUACACUACACCAGAGCACUACACCAGUACACUACACCAGUACACUACACCAGUACACUACACCAGAGCACUACACCAGCUACUACACCAGAGCACUACACCAGUACACUACACCAGUACACUACACCAGUACACUACACCAGUACACUACACCAGAGCACUACACCAGUACAGAGCACACUACACCAGUACACUACACCAGAGCACACUACACCAGUAGCACUACACCAGAGCACUACACCAGUAGCACUACACCAGAGCACUACACCAGUAGCACUACACCAGUACACUACACCAGUACACUACACCAGAGCACUACACCAGUACACUACACCAGAGCACUACACCAGUACACUACACCAGUACACUACACCAGAGCACUACACCAGUACACUACACCAGAGCACUACACCAGUGCACUACACCAGUGCACUACACCAGUGCACUACACCAGUACACUACACCAGUACACUACACCAGUGCACUACACCAGUGCACUACACCAGUGCACUACACCAUGCACUACACCAGUGCACUACACCAGUGCACUACACCAGUGCACUACACCAGUGCACUACACCAGUACACUACACCAGUACACUACACCAGUACACUACACUACACCAGUGCACUACACCAGUGCACUACACCAGAGCACUACACCAGUACACUACACCAGAGCACUACACCAGUGCACUACACCAGUGCACUACACCAGUGCACUACACCAGUACACUACACCAGUGCACUACACCAGUACACUACACCAGAGCACUACACCAGAGCACUACACCAGAGCACUACACCAGAGCACUACACCAGAGCACUACACCAGUACACUACACCUGUACACUACACCUGUACACUACACCAGUGCACUACACCUGUACACUACACCAGUGCACUACACCAGUACACUACACCAGUGCACUACACCAGUACACUACACCAGAGCACUACACCAGUACACUACACCAGUACACUACACCAGUACACUACACCAGUACACUACACCAGUGCACUACACUACACCAGAGCACUACACCAGUGCACUACACCAGUACACUACACCAGAGCACUACACCAGAGCACUACACCAGAGCACUACACCAGAGCACUACACCAGAGCACUACACCAGUACACUACACCAGUACACUACACCAGAGCACUACACCAGAGCACUACACCAGAGCACUACACCAGAGCACUACACCAGAGCACUACACCAGUACACUACACCAGUACACUACACCAGUACACUACACCAGAGCACUACACCAGAGCACUACACCAGAGCACUACACCAGUACACUACACCAGUACACUACACCAGUGCACUACACCAGAGCACUACACCAGAGCACUACACCAGUACACUACACCAGUACACUACAGCACUACAUACCAACAGGCUGUGGGCUCCUGA